UGGCGCAGCGAAGUGUCGAUAGAGAAAGAAAAGAGGAGGUAAACGCGACAUACGGCGAGCAUAAAGGAGAAGGAUGCAGGCCGGAUUGAUCUACAGGAAGCCCUCGACGAUGAUGACGUCGAGCCAGGGCAUCGUCGGUGCCUUCGGACGAUCCGCAGGUGGGAAGGAGGCUGUCCCUAACGAUAAAACGAGAAAAACCGUGGAACGAGACUCGAAAGAGACGAUACACUCUGGUCAUUUCAUGGUUUCUGAUUUCGAGGCGGAGGCUCAGGACGACGAGGACGAGCUCGCCGUUCCCGUUCCGGACGAGGAAAAUGGAAAAUUGGCGAUCAUGACGCCGGUCGGUUUUUCCCUAAAAAAGUUUGUCGACGGUGAUAUUCUCGACGACAAACCGAAUUCUCAACAGCAGCUCAGCAUCGAGACGUCCUUGAACAAGCUCUUUCAGUGCAUGUCCUUGGCCUACAGACAGAAGCUGACGUCGCCCAAAUGGAAUCGCUUCAAAGGGAUCAGACUGAGAUGGAAGGACAAGAUCAGAUUGAACAACGUUAUCUGGAGAUGCUGGCACAUGCAGUUUAUACUGAAGCAAAACACGUUGGUGUGCCAGUUCGCGUCGCCCCUGGACGUUGACACUCAUAAUAAGCCGGAGGCGGUCGUCCUGGAAGGCAAAUACUGGAAGCGAAAACUUGCUGCGGUUACUGCGGAAUAUAAGAAAUGGCGCAUGUUCUACAGAAACAAAAUUCUUGGCUGGACGAACAAGGAUGGUACCGAGGUGAUGGAAUCGAUGGACACGCUAGAUUGGAACAAUGGCAUGGAAACGUCGGAAAAUUUUGGCACGAAUACGGCGAACGCGUAUGGGAGCACCGGUGGGGCUCACAGCGGAGAGAGUAUGAUGGUUGACGAAGACUAUAUGGAGCUUAUGACGGAUACGCUAUUCUCCACGAUUAGUUCGAAUCAACCUAUAUACUUUCCAGAUCCUAGAGAAAUCGCGCGCGGAGCGAGCCUGGCGGAUUUCAUUCAACCGAGCUUGGGACCACUUCAACCUAAUCUCGACGAUUUUAUGGACACGCUCGAGCCUUUGCAAGAAUUCUUGAACUCAAAGUUACCGCCUGUACCGGAAGAGGAGGACAUGUUUCGAGGUGGUAGCUUAAACGCCAAUUAUCCCGAUAUCGAUCUGAUGACGCCGAUCAAUCAGAUGAACGAACUGAACGAGGAGGCUACGUCGAAGGACGAACGCUCGUCGACAGUCUUGUCUGUGGAACGAGGAAACGGCAUGCAGAAUCUUCAAUAUACCGGAAAGAUAUAUAACCAGUCUGAGGCGGAGUCUAGCAGCGUUUAUAGGAAUGACAUGGACGUAGAGAUGAAUUACAGGGCUGCCGUAGAAGAAAAUUUUGAGAGGUCGACGGCGACGAGAACGACGAGGACGGCGACGACGACUGCGACGGCGAUUACGACUACGACGACCACGACGACUGCGACGACUACGACGACUACGACGACUACGAGUAAUGGUCAAUCCACGCGUGAAAAGAUCCGACAAGAGAAUCGUCGUUCCGGUAGAAUAAGUCGCGUGAUACAACAGACCCACCAACAGACAUCUCAACGAGCUGACGCGUAUCGGCAGGCCGUUCAAAGUGUACAAACGGUUCAACGAAAUUCGGUCUACGAGCAGCCGCCGAGCCAGCAGCAAUCUUCUUAUGCCAUGGAAGUACAAGCGACGGUCCAAUUGGCCGCUCCCGUCGACAAUCGAAUACAGGUAGCGACGUUGAACGAUCGUUCCGUCGUCAAUGCGACCCAAAUCUCCUCGAUGGCCGCCGAGGUACAAAAUUUGGUAACGGCCCAGCAGCAAAGCUUUGCGCAAAGUAACGCGGCAUUGCCGGGCACUCAACAGCACCGGUCCAUAAGAUCUUUACCGCCUACACCGCCGAUGUCUACGAAGCCUUAUAAAAUCGUUCAACCACAGCCCAAUACUUGUUACAAGCUAUCGAACAUCGGUCAAAACUUUAAUACUCAGCAACAAUGUAAAUUCACCGGCAAUAACUUCAAGACGCAUCAUCCCGCUCAGCAACAAGUCGUAUCGCUUCCAACGCAACAAUCAACGCAAUCGCCUAUACUUUUACAAUGCAGAUCUUCCGGAUUGGAUCUUACAUUGCAACCGACAAAAUUAGUACCACAAUCGAUCCAAACUACGUCGGAGAAGGAGGUCUUUGCGGUGCCUAAGUACCAAAUGAAAGCACGAAACAGAUCUAGGAGCAGUUCUUCUUUGAUACCUCCGAGGAUGAAUCAAUUGCCCUUAGCCUCGGCAAUUAGCGACCCUGCUCUAAAUUUAAAUAACAAUGUCUUGCUUGCGCAUCUCCUUACCAACAAUACGUCCGGUAUAUGUACGAUGAACGCCUCGACCGAAAAAAUAAUACCAACGACGAAUAAUCAAUCCGGCACGGUUAAGCAUAUAUUACCUAUUUUACCGCCGACGGCUUCAGCCACCCAAGUAACAACUACUCAUCACAUUGCAACGCCAGUCACGGUUCAAGCUAUACAAACUUCCUCUAUGCAAGCAUCGCAGCACCAACAACAACAACAACAACAACAACAACAACAACAACAGGGAAUACAAUCGAGUCAACAGAUUCUCUUGAACAAUCAAACUCAUCCACCGCAGAACAGUCCUGGCUCGCCCAAGGAUCAUUCCAACGCGCCUAGUCCUCAAGCUUUGAGUCUAAGUCCUCUUCACAGUCCAAUGAGCAUCGGUAGUCCAUUGUCGCCAACGCGAAGUUACGUUAAAGGAGAAUCGGAACGUGGACAGUACAAGGAACAAAGAAGGGUCGGCCAUAUCCAUGCCGAACAAAAGCGUAGAUACAAUAUUAAGAAUGGCUUUGACAUGCUUCACAGUUUAAUACCGCAGCUCAAUCAAAAUCCCAAUGCAAAAUUGAGUAAAGCUGCCAUGUUACAAAAAGGAGCAGAUUAUAUUAAACAAUUAAGGGCAGAAAGGAAUCAGCUCAAGGAGGAGAUGGAUAAUUUGAGACAUCAGAUCGAGUGCCUUAAUACUUCUAUCAGUAAUUGUCAAUCCAUGCUUCCUGCAACGGGUGCACCAGUCUCGAGACACAGAACCAAUAAGAUGAAGGAAAUGUUCGAUGAAUACGUUCGCACCCGUACUCGAGAAAAUUGGAAAUUUUGGAUCUUUAGCAUUUUGCUUGAACCCCUAAUGCUAUCCUUCAAUACUUCGGUAUCAACGGCGAGUAUCGAGGACCUCUACAGAAGUACAAUAUUAUGGGUCGAGCAGCAUUGCUCGCUCGUAGAUCUCAGGCCAGCUGUUCUCAACUCCCUAAGGUAUCUGUGUACUGCCACUGAUAUUUUGGCAGAUCCUGGUCGUCUGCCCGAGGAAGCACUCGCGGCGGUUAAUAGAACGGAACGACGGCGAUCCAUACAGUGACGAUCGAGUUCUGAACGGAGAUCUAUUGGAAAAGAAAACGCGCGAAAUAUAUUGAGACGCCAUGUAGAAAUCUAAAGUUACCUUACCCAGUAAGGCCGUUAAUAAUCGAAGAACAUAUUCAAAUAUGUGAUAUAAGUCAUAUAUUUUUGUCAAAGCACAAACUCGUACAUUCAGGAUCUUUCAUUAAAGUCCUUUAAUAGCAAAAAAGAAAUGUCAUUGAAGAAGAUUCGAUCGAUCGAUGGGGAUCGCUC